AUGGCCGAGCAGCGUGGUGGCGAGAAGCGGCCCGUUAAGGCAGGCACCACGCUUUACCGGAAUGCCACCGUCAUCGCAACUUUCACGGAGCAGGCGGACGUCAAGGAUGGGGCGAUCUACGUCGAUGGCAACGUGAUCAAGUGGGUGGUGGACUGCAGCGACAAAGUGAUCAUCCCGGGCAUGGUUAACACGCACCACCACAUGUACCAGAGCCUGACACGCUGCAUCGCGCAGGACUCCCCGCUGUUCAACUGGCUGACCUCUCUGUACCCAGCAUGGGCCACCAUGACCUCCAACGACGUCUACAUCUCAGCCAAGCUGUCCAUGGCCGAGCUGCUCCUCUCCGGCUGCACCUGCUCCUCGGACCACCUCUACAUCUACCCCAACGACGUCACCCUGGACGACACCAUCCGCGCCGCCCGCGAGAUCGGCAUGCGCUUCCACCCCACCCGCGGCAUCAUGACGCUGGGCAAGAGCAAGGGCGGCCUGCCCCCCGACAAUGUGGUGGAGGAGACCGACAGCGCGCUGGAGGAUGCCAAGCGCCUGAUCGAGCAGUAUCACGACCCCGAGAAAUACUCAAUGAUGCGCGUCGGCAUCGCGCCAUGCUCCCCCUUCAGCGUGACCAACGACUGCAUGGAGGGAGCUGCCAAGCUGGCCCGGCAGUACCAGCAGGUGCGCCUGCACACGCACCUGGCGGAGAACCAUCAGGACAUCACCUACAGCGAGAAGACCUAUGGCUGCCGCCCGGGGCGCUACCUGCAGCAGGUGGGCUGGGACCGCAGCGACUGCUGGUUUGCGCACUGCGUGAUGCUGGAUGAGGGGGAGCGCAAGCAGUUUGCAGAGUGCGGCCUGGGCGUGGCGCACUGCCCCUCAUCCAAUGCCCGCCUCGCCUCGGGCAUCUGUCCGGUGCGCCAGCUGCGGGACGAGGGCGUGAAUGUGGGGCUGGGCGUGGAUGGCUGCGCCAGCAACGACAGCGGCAACCUGCUGGAGCAAGCGCGCUGGGCGCUGCUGCUGCAGCGCGGCCUGCUGCGCGACGUCAAGGGCAUGAAGGUGCGAGAGGCGCUCGAGAUUGCCAUCCAGGGCGGCGCCGGCAACCUGGGGCGCGACGACAUCGGCCGGCUGGCACCCGGCUAUGCCGCAGACUUUGUGGGCUGGAAGCUGACGGGCAAUGUGGCGCUGUCGGGUGGGCUGGGCGACCCCGUGGGUGCCCUCAUCCUGUGCACUCCCGGCCCCGUGGACCUGUCUGUCAUCAACGGCGAGCCCAUCAUCCAGGACGGCAAGCUGCUGACGUGUGACCUCGAGGAGCUGAUUCGGGAGCACAACACGGCGUCGGCGAGGGUGUGCGCCGCGGUGGGCUCACCCGACCUGUGA